GGUCACAGAAGUGCACGGACACGUAGCUGCGCUCCUAUCUCUCUCUAUAUAAGCCUGCAUUCGGGGCCUGGCUCCUCAGGUGUGCGUGCACCAUGGCUCGCUGGGAGAUCCUGUGCUUUGCCUUGUGCUGCUACCUCGGGGUAGCAUGGGCUGCAUCGCUGGGUGUGGUGUACACCGAAGGAGGUUUUGUGGAAGGUGAGAAUAAAAAACUGGGACUCUUUGGGAACUACAUCGAUAUCUUCAGAGGGAUCCCCUUUGCUGCUCCUACAAAGAUUCUGGAAGACCCCCAACCGCAUCCUGGCUGGGACGGAACACUGAAAACACAAGAUUUCCAAAACCGCUGCAUGCAGAUGACGCUUACACAAACCGAUGUCCGUGGGAGCCUGGACUGUCUCUAUCUGAACAUUUGGAUCCCUCAAGGGAAGCAAGAAGUCUCCACCAACCUGCCAGUGAUGGUCUGGAUCUACGGUGGCGCCUUCCUGUUUGGAGAGAGCCAGGGAACCAACUACCUUGACAACUACCUCUACGAUGGCGAGGAGAUCGCUGUGCGGGGCAACGUGAUAGUAGUCACCAUCAACUACCGCUUGGGGCCCCUGGGCUUCCUGAGCACGGGUGAUAAGAAUGCACCAGGGAACUACGGGCUGAAGGACCAGCACAUGGCUAUUGCCUGGGUGAAGAGGAAUAUCAAGGCUUUUGGGGGUGACCCAGAAAACAUCACCAUCUUUGGGGAAUCUGCUGGCUCCGUCAGUGUCUCCCUGCAGAUACUGUCCCCAUAUAACAAGGGCCUGUUCAAAAGAGCCAUCAGUCAGAGUGGAGUGAGUCUCUGCAGCUGGGCCAUCCAGAAGGACCCUCUUUCCUGGGCUCGAAAGAUUGCACAGAACGUGGGCUGCCCCAUAAGCAACACGACGGCCCUGGCCAACUGCUUGCGAGUCACAGACCCCGAAGCGCUGACGCUGGCCUACCACCUGGAGCUGAUCAACCUGCCCACUCCCCUUGUUCAUCAGCUUGCCCUCACCCCUGUUGUUGAUGGAGACUUCCUCCCAGACAUACCAGAGAACCUCUUUGCUAAUGCUGCUGACAUUGACUAUAUCGUGGGGGUCAACAACAUGGACGGGCACUUCUUUGCGGGGAUUGACAUACCUGCUAUCAACCGCCCGCUCGUGGAAGUCACUGCGGACGAGGUCUAUGAAUUGAUCCACGGACUUACUCUGGAGAAGGGCGGGAGCGCAACCAGUGCAACAUAUGCUCUCUACACUCAAGAGUGGGGUGACAACCCUGACCAGGAGGUUGUGAAGAGGACGGUGGUGGACGUGGCUACAGAUUACAUCUUCCUGAUUCCCACACAGUGGACCCUAAAACUCCACCGGCAGCAUGCCCGGAGUGGCAAGACGUACAGCUACGUGUUCUCCCAGCCAUCCCGAAUGCCCAUCUACCCAAGCUGGGUAGGGGCAGACCAUGCUGAUGACCUGCAGUAUGUGUUUGGGAAACCCUUCUCCACCCCCCUGGGCUACCUACCCAAGCACAGGACUGUCUCCAAAGCCAUGAUUGCUUAUUGGACCAAUUUCGCCAGAACAGGUGAUCCCAACAGUGGGUAUUCAGAGGUGCCCAUUGUCUGGCUGCCAUAUACCCUUGAGAAUAGUUACUACCUGGAAAUCAACAGCGAUAUAAACGACAGUUCAGUGAAGCAGGAUCUGAGAUCCCCAUAUGUGAACUUCUGGUAUUCCUUCUAUAAGAGUUAGCAACCUGGGGCUGGCAUCUCCCUGCCAUAGAUCCAAGCUGAGGAACUGCUGGGCUGUCAGGAAAAAAAAAAAAGUCAUUAAAGGCUUGCUUGUAACUGA